CAAUAAGCUAAUUGCUCUGUCAGUUAUACUUACAGAACAACGCCACAGUAAUCAAUUAAAUUAAUACAAUGGAUUUUAGUAUUCCGCCGUACGUUAUCGACUUAAUAAAUAAAAUAGCGAAAGACGAAAAGUUCGAGAACCAUUCAAUAUCAACCGAGUCCGGAUCGGAUAUCGAUGGAUUUCAGAGUUUAAUUUUCAAAAUUACCAUCACUGGAUUGCGAAAUAAUCACGAAGACAAAUUGUGUUUGAUAUGCAAAAUUCCAUCGUUGAACAUUGCCAGACGAAAACAAUUUCAUUCGGAUAUCACAUUCGAUUGUGAAUUGUUUUUCUACGAAAAUGUCUUUCCAUACUUUGAGACGUUUCAGCGCGAGAGGGGUGUGCACAGCGACGAUGGGUUUUUCGCUUUUCCCAAGUGCUACGGACUGAUUCGCGACGAAAAAUCACUGGGUGAUCAUGCUAUUGUUAUGGAUAAUCUCAAUGAAAAAUGCUAUUACAUGUUGGACAAGGCCAAUGACAUUGAUUUUGAUCACAGUAUUUUGGUUUUGAAGGAGUUGGGAAAACUUCAUGCCGUUUCGUUUGCUAUUCGUGAUCAAGAGCCAGAAAAAUUCAAACAAUUUAUGGAACGGACAUCACUUUUCCAUUACGAAGUCAAUAAUUCAACGGGCGCUAAAUUUCUGCAAAAAGCCCACUAUGACAGAGCUAUACGAUCGCUUGAUCCUAGUGAAUUGGAUCUAAUCAGAAAGAUGGAGAGCUUAAAACUAACAUAUGUAGACUUGAUAAACCAAGUGAAGACCACCACAACUUGUGAACCAUUCGGCGUUUUAAUUCAUGGAGAUUGUUGGAUCAAUAACUUGUUGUAUCGGGGUUCGAGUAAGCCUUCAAAUGUGUGUCUAAUUGAUUGGCAAUUAUCUCAAUUCGGAUCACCAGCCAUCGAUGUGGCAUGCUUUCUAUUCUGUUCAUUAAGUCCACAGUUACGAAACGAACAUUUCGAUCAGUUCAUGAACAUUUAUUAUGGUACUCUAGAGUCGACCCUUCGAAAAUUGGGUAGCGAUCCGACUAAAUUGUUUACGUUCGACAAUCUGCGUGAUCAAAUGCGUCAGUUUUCAAAAUAUGUAAUGUAUCUGGCACCGAUAAUGAUUGGAAUUAUGACCAGUGACAUGACAAAGGUUCCGAGUUUCGAUGAAGUGACGCGGCGAAUGGACUUGUUGACGAAUGAUCCGACGGCUGAUGUUACGCUGGAUGAUGCUUUUGAAGAAAAUGACGCGUACAAACAUAGAAUGAGUAAUUUGAUACGAGACAUGGAUCGAUUGGGUUAUUGGUAAAAUGAGUUUCAAUUCCGUUAUGAGUCCGGUUAAUUUAAAAAUCAAAAUAUAAAUCAUAUAUCCGAUAGAAAAAUGACAACAGAUGGCGUUGCUUUUCUAUGGGACGGAAGCAACGUCAUCUGUUAACAUUUCCCUUAGUCCGGAGUAUAAACAUUGAUCAUUCAUUUCCAAUAAUGUUCAUUAACCAAAGAAUUUCAAGAAAGAACUCAGUGAGUAAAAUAU